AUGGACCGUAAAGCACAAAGGAUAGAAACUAUCCGCGCGCACCUUCGGAAGCUUAUUUACGACCAGCAUGGUGAGCUGGUGGAUCCGAAAGACAUUACAAACACCCACCGCAGCCGUGCACCCUUUCAAUUUGUCUUCAAAUCAGACGACCCAAAACAGCCAAAGGUUUCGAUAGCCUCGAUUAGCCAGCCAGACUAUGAUGCUAUCAUGAGACUGAUCAAGGCGGGGCGCUUAAGAGCGAGUCGAAUUGAUGAGAACCUCACUUUCUUCGGCUUCAAUCAGGACCCGGACAGUUCUCAAAGAUCGCCGACCGAAAUAUUUGAAACCAGCGCCUCAUCUAGCCCGAUCGAAUCAGCCCGACAACUUAUGUUCCACAUGCACAAACGAGAACUAUCAAGUUCAGAAGAAACAAUGCCUGGCAGGUCGCAGGCAGGAGUAAUACUCCCAACACUACCACCGUUCAGCACAAUCAUGACACGCAGGAACACUUCGCCACUCUCCCCACAUUUACAAACUACACAACCUCCACCGCCACCACACUCCCAGGGCUUCGAUAGUUUCAUUCCUCUCGGCUCGCAUCCUAUCCCUACUGCAAUGGCUAUUGAUGAGCCGUCAGGCUCUCCGGGCCUCGCCUGUUGGAGCCAGCUUAACAAACAUAUUCAUAAGCUCCGACUAGGUGCUGUCCAGUGGGCUGAAGACCUCGGCGAUAUACAAACAAGGGUAGAGGAACUAUCAAAAUUCGAGAAUCAAGUGGGCGCAAAGAGUUCUCAAGAAAUACACUUAAAGGUAGAAUCACUCAGAUCAGAGAAUUCUGCCCUCAGAUUGAGAGUGGAAGCGCUAGAAACGGAAAACAGGGAUAUAAAAAAUCAAAGAGACUAUCUAAAAGGAUUACUGGAUCAAUAUGGAAUCCCCCAACAUUCAGAGCGUCUAAGCCGAGCGGCGGCAGUUAAUAAUUAA